CGUUCAGUUUGUCGCGAACUUUUGCGAAGAACGUUCGGUACCGCCCGGAAUCAGUUGACGAUGUCACGUUGGAGUACACUGCUGUUCAGUAGAACUAGAUGCCAGAUUAACGUGGUCUGGUUUAAGAGAUCCCUAUCGGUCGCCUCUCAGCCUCGACAUAACUCUGAACCGGUUCCACAAAACACUUCAUUCAUGACGAAUGUAUUUCGAGGAGAUAUCGUACCGGUUCAGGUUUUCCCAUACCCGGAACCACCAGAAGAUCAGAAGUCGCUUAUACACGAUAUGAUGGAUCCGAUCAACAGAAUCUUCCGCAACGAACAUGAUCCUGCCGAAGCGGAAAGAAUCGGCAGUCCAGAUCCGAAAACCGUACAGAUCAUGUGGGAGAUGGGACUGUUUGGAAUGGCAGCUCCCGAAGAGUACGGUGGACUUGGGGCGUCUACGACUACGUACGCAACACUAGCGGAAACGGUCGGGGCAGUAGAUCUUGGACUGGCGGUUUACAUUGGAGCCCAUCAGAGCAUUGGGUGGAAUGGAAUACAUUUGUAUGGGACUACGGAACAGAAGAAAAAGUACUUACCGCUGGUAACGAGAGGGGGAACAAUGGCGGCACUGGCCCUGACCGAAUCAGGUGCGGGGUCGGACAUAAAUGCGCUGAAAACGCGAGCGGUGAAAAGUGCCUGUGGCCAAUACUAUACGCUGAAUGGUUCGAAGUUAUGGAUUUCCGGUGGAAACGAGGCUGGUAUAUUUACAGUUUUUGCGCGAACAGAAGUUUUGGACCGUCAAACUGGAGAAGUCAAGGAUAAAAUUACAGCAUUCAUCGUUGAGCGCAACUUCAAAGGUGUUUCCAGUGGUCCACUGGAGAACAAAAUGGGUAUUACGAUAUCGGGCACAAGUUCUGUCUUCUUCGACGAUGUGCGGGUUCCAGUCGGGAAUGUACUUGGCGGAGAAGGAAACGGAUUUAAGCUUGCUGUGUCAAUUUUGAAUACCGGUCGAUUUGGAAUGGGUGGAAGCAUGUCCGGCAUGAUGCGAACAUGCAUUCAGGCUGCCACGGAACAUGCAACCAGAAGAGUCCAAUUCGGACGAAAACUGGCAGAGUUUGGCAACGUACAGGAGAAGCUGGCCCGCAUGGCUAUGUACCAGUACGUGACCCAGUCGAUAGUGUACAUGAUAGUCGGCAACAUCGACAACGGUUUCACCGACUACCAAAUAGAGUCGGCUAUUUCGAAGGUAUUUUCUUCCGAAGCCGCUUUUGCGGUUUGCGAUGAAGCGAUUCAAAUUCUCGGUGGAAACGGAUACAUGAAGGAGAUUGGUUUGGAGAAGUUUCUACGUGAUGUCCGAAUUUACCGAAUCUUCGAAGGAGCGAAUGACGUCCUGAGAAUGUUCAUUGCACUCACGGGGGCGAAAUACGCAGGUUUGCAACUGCGAGAAAUACAGCGUGCCGUUGAAAAUCCGACCGCUAAUCUAGGGCUGAUUUUCAAGGAAGGAUCCCGUCGAGUGGCCCGUACUAUCGGCAUUCAGAAUGGGACCGACCUGAGCGAAUACGUCGCUAGCUCCCUUAAGGAAUCUGCUCAACGGUGUUCCGAGUGUGUUCAGCUGUUUGGCAAAACGAUGCAGUCCUGUUUAAUAAAGUAUGGAAGAAAUAUCCAAGAACAGCAAUUCAUACUGAAACGGUUGGCCGAUAGUGCCAUCGAUAUCUACGGAAUGACCAGUGUACUGUCACGAGCAACCAGAGCAAUCGAAAGGAAUAUUCCUUCCGCUGGGCAUGAGCAACUGAUGACGGUUGCCUGGUGUGUCGAGGCAAGUGAACGAGUGCACGCGAACCUCCAACAAAUUAAUUCAGGGCAGUUUAUCAAACAUUGUGAUGUGCUGAAACGGAUUGCCCGCAAUGUCUGUGAUAAUGGAGAAGUCGUACAGCAACUUCCACUCGAGUUGAUGAAAUGAA